CCAUAGGCACUAAAACCCAAAUCCUCACUCUGUUUAUUCAGAUUUCCAAGUCUUCAUAAAACAAUUCCACCAUAGCCAUGAGCUCACCAGCAGCAACUAAAUCUUUGGGCGGUCGAGGCAAGCCCAGAACCACAAAAUCGGUGUCUAGAUCCCAAAAGGCCGGUCUCCAGUUCCCGGUUGGCCGAAUCGCUCGCUUCCUCAAGAAAGGCCGCUAUGCAGAACGACUUGGGUCUGGUUCACCCGUCUAUCUUUCUGCUGUUCUUGAAUAUCUUGCUGCUGAGAUCUUGGAGCUUGCUGGGAAUGCUGCGAGGGAUAACAAGAAGAAUAGAAUCAUUCCGAGGCACAUUCAGCUGGCUGUAAGGAACGACGAGGAGUUUUGCAAGCUGUUGGGCUCUGUGACCAUAGCAAAUGGAGGUGUUUUGCCCAACAUUCAUCAGAAUUUACUGCCGAAGAAAACUGGUAAAGGGAAGUCUGAGAUCGGUUCUGUGUCUCAGGAGUUUUAGGGUUUUGUUGAUGGUCAGUAUUAAUAAUCUUAGAAGUAUGGAGGUUGGAAAUAUGGUCGUUGUUUUGUCUUUGGGUUCGUUUUGGAAGAAUUUUGUCUAUAGAUUUUAAGGUUCCAAUUCAAAUCUUUGUAAACGCAUAUAUGAACAAACAAUGGUUAGCACUUGUGGAUUCAAUUCUUUCUCUAUUCAUUCUGGUCUCUUAAAUUGUAGUUUUUUUUUUCCCUCAAUUUCCC